AUGGCCGUUCCCAAUAAUGGCAGCGUUCCGGAGGCCGCCGACCGGCCUGUCGGAGCCAGUGACAAGAAACCAAAGCCAAGGACGAGAGGAACCAUUCGGUGGACGGUUGGCUUGGUCGUGCGGCUGUGCAUUUGGUACGCUCUCAUUACGCCGUUCCUUCGCUGUCCGUCUCAACUCUCCGACUUGACGGACUCGUCACCCCGAGUUUGCAAGCCGUACCUAGUGGCGCGCUCCUAUGUCGAGCCUCAUGUUAUCCCCUAUUACAAUGCCUAUGGCGCGCCUUACGUCGAGACGGCGCGUCCCUACGUCCUCAUCCUCAAUGAGAAGGUGUACACACCCAGUGCGCACGUGGUCAAGUUGGGCUACGAGAAAUAUGGAGCACCCGCUUUGGACAGAGCACAGUCUUAUGGCCAGCAGCAGUGGGAGCUCCGAGUGGUCCCGCAUCUGCAAGCUGCCAAGGACAAGGCUAACGGCCUGUAUCAAUCGGAGGUUGAGCCCCAUGUUCAGCGUGUAGAGGCAGCCUUGUCGCCCCCCUUCCAAAAAGCCAACGGUGCGCUCAAGUCGGUUUAUAGGGACUACCUUCUUCCCUUUGGCGCAAAGUACAGACCUUUCAUCGGAAAGACAUAUACAUCCGGUCAGGGUAUGCUGACCACCACGGUCCUCCCCUACGCGCAAAACUCCUGGUCUUCUGCGGUCUAUUUCAUCCAUGGGUCCCUAUGGCCCAGGGUCACCGGGCUUUAUUGGGAAAAUGUAGAGCCCCAGCUCGUCAAGAUUGGUGAGAGACUGGCUAGCUACCGGGAGGAAAAGCGACUGCGAAAUGUUGUGGAAGAAGUUGAUAGCUUAUCCGAGGAAACAUCUUCGUUCCUUUCCUCCCCAAAGGCGAAUGAGGCGCAUGACGUUACCUCGUCUUCCACUGCAGAGGUAACUCCACCGCCGCAGCCGACAUUGUCCCCUACAGAACAAGCCGCGAAGGCGCGUGAAAGCAUUGAAAAUGAUCUGCAGAUUUGGGAAGAAAAGUUUGCUUUUGCUGCCGAAAAGGGACUUGAGGACUUGGAGGAACGUCUGCAGCAGAUUAUCGACAACUUCAUGGCCACUGGAACAAAGGAGCAGGGAGAAAGCCUUGCGAACGCUUUGAAGGAGGUUGUGGACAACGAGGUGGCAGGCCUCAAGCAACAUAUCAACAACCUGGCGGAGUCUUUGCCAUCCGAAGAUUCCCCUAAAGCCGAAGAGGCCGCGAAGGAUGAACUAUCGAGAAUCGUCAAAGAAGCCGCAGUAGCCAUUAGAGACCGUGCUCACUCCCUUCGGGAAUGGCGCAAUUCCUUUGAGGAGGAUAUAAUGCGACGUAUCUAUGCGGCAGUCAACGCCACCCUUGAUGUUCUCGAUAGUGUCCGCGACUUGGGACUCCAAGAAGUAGGGAUGCGCUGGGCUUGGAUGGAUGGUAUCACGUACAAGGAUUGGGCGAGAUACCACGCAUUGAAGGCCCAGUUUGAAGAUUGGAAAGACGGGUUCCGUGAUUUCGGAACGCAGCAUGCAAAGCUAGAAGAAGCGAGAGCAGCCGUGGACGAGGUGCUGUCCCGCGGGAUGGACGUUGCCGAAACGGCCGCAAAGGAGCUCACCCGCCUAAGGGACGUUGGAAGAUGGAAAAUCGCCGCCAGAGAGGUGAGCGAUAACUUCGAUACAAGAUCCGAGCCUCCCCCGCUCCUGCCCAAGCCUAUCCGUGAAACAAGUGUGGAUGAGGACUCAUCGGCAGAUGAGACGAUGGACACUGAGGUUUCCAAAAACGAGACAACCUUUGCAUCUGAUACUGCAGGUAAUGCUGUCGAAAAUGAAGGGCAUGACCUGGAUGGCGACAGUGAAACCAUGGCAGCAGACGAGGAACAGGCCUCACCAAUUGACUCAUCUGCGGACUUCACGUGGGAUGAGCAGGCACCGAACAAGGCCACCUGGGGGGCAGCCGCAGCUAAUGUUCCUGACGAGGAAGUCUCCGAGAAGGAGCCACGAGUCUCCAGUCAGGCCGAGCAGGAGGCUAUCAAAAAUCUUAUCUCUGAGCUCCUUGUCGGCAAAGACUCUGCUUAUGCCGAAGAGAUCAUGAAUCAACUGUACUCAAUUUAUGGAACACCACGACCGGCUCCCACAUCUUCCUCAACGCUCGAUGAUGCCACCGAAGACGCUCUGGUGUCCGAUGCCGAUACUCCCAGUGCGCCUAGCCCCAUCCCCGAGGAUGAACCGUCAAUCGCCUCCCAUGAGACCGAGGAAACCGAGGAAAUCGAUGAUGCUCGUGAUGAUGCUGAUGCAUCAAUUGCUGAAGACUCCAUGGAGAACGAUGAGGAACAGCCACCAAUUACCGAAGACAGCGAGAAUGAAGCUGAGGCUAUUACAAAUAGUCUCCAGGCCGAAUACGCCAGUCUAGCGUCUACUGCCAGCAGCAUUGCCUCCGCGGCCGCGGAAAGCGACCCGAGUGAUUCCACCGAUGCGGUCGAGGACAAUGCCGGAGACGAGCUGUGA